UUGAUGGCGUGUGCGGCGAGGAUGCGGCCGCGACGCCCAGCUCCGGCGGACUGUGCCGUGUUAGCUCCAGCUCAGCGUCGGCGGUUGCUUUGCUCUCGUAGACUCGUAGCCCCCUCAUCAGCAAUCGCUUGGUCUCCCCGUCGCUCUUGCCCCGCAGGUCAAAUCCCCACAAAUUGGAAUUGAGGAAUCCCCAAGCUGGGGCCGAGGACUACUCGUCGGCUCCGCUGCCCGAUGGCCGCUGCUGACCCCCGGCGCCAGGCCUCCGAGGAUCGAGGUUGAGAUGGCGAGGGACCCGGACGCGGCGGCGCUGGACGCUGGUGCUGGUGAACCUGGCGUCCGUGCUGGAGAAGGCGGACGAGGUGCUGCUCCCCGUCGUGUACCGAGAAGUGGGCGCCGCGCUGGGCGCCUCCCCGACGGCGCUCGGAUCCGUCACGCUCUGCCGCGCGCUCGUCCAGGCCGCCUGCUACCCGCUCGCCGCGUACGCCUCUGCGCGCCACGACCGCGCGCGUCGUCGCCGCCGGGGCCUUCCUCUGGGCCGCCGCCACCUUCCUCGUCGCCGUCUCUGGCACCUACGUUCAGGUCCGUCGCCUCCACCAUUCCUAUCUUGAUCUCCUCUUCGGUUCCCCACUCUUCCGCGUCCUCCCGCCGCUGACACCGCGGGCCCACGGCUCCCUGUUUUUAAUUCAAGUUUUUGCCCGGCACGCUGGCACUGCCUACCAACCAAACGUAGCGGUUUUAUCCGAAUAUUCCAUUUGAAAAAUCAAAAUACUAGCUGUGGACAGAUAUUUAUCGGUUUCCCUGACUUGUGGGCCCCGCGGGGCGUUAUGGCCCACGCGCCAGGGAGAGCAGAGGGCUUCCCGAGGAGCGCACUGACUUGGCAACUUUUGAUUUGGCCAGAUGGCCAUCUCGCGGGGGCUCAACGGCAUCGGCCUGGCGCUGGUCCUCCCGGCUAUCAGCUCCCUCGUCGCCGACUACACCGACGACCACACGCGCGGCGCCGCCUUCGGCUGGCUCCAGAUGACCUGCAACCUGGGCUCCAUCCUGGGCGGGUCCUUCGGCGUGCUGCUCGCGCCCGUCACCUUCCUCGGCGUCGCCGGGUGGCGGCUCGCCUUCCACGCCGUCGCGGUCGUCAGCGUCGCGCUGGGCGCGCUCAUGUGGCUCUUCGCCGCCGACCAGCGCGCCAAGUCCAAGACCGCCGCCUCGGCGGGGGAGGAAGCCGGGGAGCUGCUCCGGGACGCCCGGCGUGUCCUCGGGGUGCCCACGUUCCAGAUCAUCGUCGCGCAGGGGAUCGCGGGGACCAUCCCCUGGUCCGCGCUCAACUUCUCCGCCAUGUGGCUCGAGCUCGUGGGGUUCACGCACUGGGAGACCAGCGUCAUCACGGGGCUCUACCUCUUCGCCACGGCCCUCGGCGCGCUCUUCGGCGGCGUCGUCGGGGACCCCGUCGCCCGGUGGUUCCCCAACGCCGGCAGGAUCGCGCUGGCGCAGAUCAGCUCCGCGUCCGCGCUCCCGCUCGGCGCCGUCCUGUUGCUCGCGCUGUCCAACGACCCGUCCACCGGCGUCGCGCACGCCGUCGUCUUCUUCGUCAUGGGCUUCGCCAUCUCCUGGAACGCCUCCUCCACCAACAACCCCAUUUUCGCGGAGAUUGUGCCGGAGAAGGCGAGGACGACGGUCUACGCACUGGACAAGUGCUUCGAAGCCGUGUUCGCGUCGUUUGCGCCUCCCAUCGUUGGUGUUCUUGCAGAGCGCGUGUUCGGCUACAAGCCGGUCUCUUCCGACACGAGCGUGGACACGGACAGAGAGAAUGCGGCAGCACUGGCCAAAGCGGUUUACACAGAGAUCGCCGUGCCCAUGGCCAUCUGCUGCCUCACCUACACCUUCCUCUACUGCACGUACCCGCGAGACAGGGAGCGUACUCGGAAGGAGCUUCUGAUGGCGUCAGCUGACCAGCUCGGUGAGGAAGGCAGUGACCGUGAGUAGAGUGCGGUUCGUGCACUGGGAGACGAAGAAUCUUCUGUCAGAUCAUUAAAUCAGAGGCUAAUUUCCAGAGGAGAGUAGCAGGCGAAAGGCAGGUCGGGAAGCGCAAGACAGCCAAAUUUCCAAGAUGAUGUAAUCCUGGUGCUGCUGUUCAGUUUCAGAUUCAUCCAGUGGAUAGACUCUGACUCGUCGGAACUAUUGUUACCAGGCCAGCUACCAUGGAGCGAAAUGUACUCAGUAGAUGCAUUUAUAACUCUAUUGAAAUGCUGUUGUACAAAAAAAUUUGGACAUAGAAAUGCAACCCUAUAUGAAAAGAAUUUCACAAAACACUCAUAAAAUAGUGAUUCGAAUUGUCAUGUGAAGAAAGAAAUAAGAUGAACAUCACUCUAA